CGGAGAGGGAGCACACAUGACAAUAGGACUCUGCUACCUUUGGGUCUGGCGAAUGUCCCAGACACACAUGGUCGGUGGGUCAGUGAUGAUCUGGGUAGGUCUCAGUAGCUCUGACCUCAGUGCUCUUUGUCUUCAGGAACUCCUGUAAAGUGAAGAAGCUGGACAACCAGACUCCGUUACAGAACACCAGCGGGGAGGACAACGACCAUCGCAAAGGUCAUGCUACAGAUGAGGAGAAGCUAGCCAGCACGACAGGACUCAGAGCAGAUAGAGACCACAACGAGCCAGAGUUGGAGGAGUCAGACUGCUGUUCUAUGUAUGAGGCACCCCUGCCAGCUGAAGAACGCCAAGCUGGGAGGAAGUAACACGAAGAAGACAGGAAGUGAGGUUCUAGACUCCAUUUGCAUCAGCGAGGAGGAGAAAAUGGCUGUUCUCACCCUUAUCAGAGAGGAGAUCAUCACUAAGGAGACGGAGGCCAGUGACUGGAGGAGAAAGUAUGAGGACAGCAGACAGGAAGUCAUGGAGAUGAGGAAGAUUGUGGCAGAGUAUGAGAAGACCAUCGCCCAGAUGAUUGAGGACGAACAGCGCAACACCAUGAGCUCCCAGAAGUCUUUGCAGGCUGUAACCAUGGAGAAGGAGUUGGCGCUAGCGGACCUGAACUCGGUAGAGCGCUCGCUGUCCGACAUGUUCCGCCGCUACGAGAACAUGAAGAGCACCCUGGACGGCUUCAAGAAGAAUGAGGAGGUGUUGAAGAAGUGUGCUCAGGAGUAUCUGGCCAGAGUCAAGCAGGAGGAGCAGAGAUACCAGACGCUUAAACUCCACGCUGAGGAAAAACUAGACAAGGCUAAUCAGGACAUAGCCCAGGUACGCAGCAAGGCCAGCUCUGAGAGUGUUGCUCUGACCGCCAGCCUGAGGAAGGAGCAGAUGAGGGUGGACUCUCUGGAGAGAGCCCUGCAGCAGAAGGCCGAGGAAAUCGAGGAGCUCACCAAGAUCUGUGACGAGCUCAUCGCCAAGAUGGGCAGAACAGACUGACAGAUUCCAUACGUCCAAAUCAUUCAAUCUUGAUCCGCUGAGAAAUCCCUGCCUACAACCUAUGGCAUACUCUGCCCUGUGCAUGCAGCCAGCCAAUGAGCAGUUCUGUUUUCCCGUGGGGCGCCUACCCCUAAUGUUUCUGUACAGGUCCAAUGUCAUAUGAGAACCCAUUUUCUCUUGAGUAGUGCACCCUAUGGAUAAUAGGGUGUCAUUUGAGCCAGAGAUUGUUACAUGUGGACUGUUUUUGUUUUGGUCAUUUUUGCCACGCAAGACCAAAUCCCUUACUCCCUCCAUCCAGCUGUCUUUCUGUCCUGUAACACAAAUAUUAUAUGCGGUCCAGGCAUUGCAUAGAUUUGGGCUUAUUUACCUGACGAUAACAUUUUGUAGCGCAUUUAUUAAUAGAUUGUGUAUAUAAACACCCUGUCUGAGAUGUACUGUACAUAUUUAUUCUGAACACUAGGAGACUAGGGUGGGACCAGGUAGACGCUCUAGGCUCUAGGACAGAGGUCAGGGGUGAGCUGUGUUUGACCCUUCUGUAUGACUGCACUAUUACAGGGAGGGGGGAUAUGGACAUGGGGUUAGGAUGCACUGCUAUUGAUAGGGGUCAUGUGGGAGGGGGGGGGGUUGUCCUGGGAAGUAUAAAGCUUUUCUCCUGUCUGUAAUAUGAGGCCUUGUGUUAGCAGUGGAAGAGGAGCUGUAGGUCUACUGUAUAGUCUGCUCUGUGUGGUCUUGGACAGGUUUAGAUAACCUCCAGCAUAACUGCACAGGGGAGGAUUUCUCACUGUCCUAAACUCCACCUGGUUAGUGUUUGUCUCAGGCCAGUGUGUUGGAGCAGAGAGUAGAAUACUCAAUCUGGAAAUGGUGAAUUUAAUACAAAGACUAUAUAUUUUGUAUAUGUACAAACCAUACUGGAAGAGCGUUUUAAUGACUGUGGCUGUUAUCUUUGGUUGUUCAGAAAAAAAAAUGCUCAGAAUAUCCUGCGCAUGUUCCCCUCGGGCCACUGACAUGCACAGCACCUGUCGUGUCCAGGUGUGAAACGUUAUGACAUGGAGGUAGAGAGAACUGUUCCAGGAUUACUUGAGCGCCCAUUGACCCCGGUCCAAUGUAGUGCACUAUAUAGGGUGCCCAACCAGUGUGUUUUACUGCAGCACCUAUUUAGUGGCAUAGAAAGAUAACGUUUCUCUUAUUCACUUAAGUGUUCUCAGCUGAACUGGUUCUGUUAAACUCUUCUUCACCCCUGUGGAGAGUCACACCGCCUCACAGUACUAGUUCCCUCUCCGCCAUACUGCUCUGUGGACGCCAUACUUAAACAAGAUGCAUUAUAAACUGGGUGGUUCCAGCCCUGAAUGCUGAUUCGUUGACAGCCGUCUCUAUCGUGCAUUCUGCAGUUGUUACCUCCAGCUUCAUUGACGGUUUCAUUAAACGUUAUGUAUGUCACCGAUCCCUUUUUUGAAUUGUCAUUAUUUGUGAAGUGGUAAUAAAAGUACAGCUAUACUAUGUUGACUAAUACGGUAUAUGCAGUGUGUCCUGAGUAAACAAGAUUGCAGUAAUAAAGGAGUGUGUUCUCAUGGCUUCUGUGUGCAAGAGAGUUUCCCUGUUCACGGCUUCACAGGUAUGGUCUGACAUCACAGCUUCAGAGGACGAGUCUGACAUCACAGCUAGACAGAUUGGGUCUGACAUCACAGCUACAAGCACUGACUUAACUGAAUCCUCAGUCUCUGCCGGAGUGAACCGUAGCCUAGCCCUGGACUCGCAGCCGAACAGAGAAGAUUGUGAAAGGCAUCACCGUUUCGGCUUUAUCCUCUUAUUCUCAGACCUAACAUCCCCUGACACAAUUACGUCCUCUGUGUGACACACUCACAGAGAUAAAGACACAUGCACGCAGACUCACAUAUACUGUGCGAAAUGGAUGUUAGAGGGCAAGUGCAUGCAAGUGACACAUUUUAGGUUGAAUUUCCCUGUAGUUGGUGUGAAUGGUCUGUGACAACCUAGUGUGGUUGUAUUAUUUCUCUGAUCACUAAGACAGCAUACUGUAGAGGAGGGGGGGGGUGCUGACCGCAAAGGUGAAUACAGUACAGACAACAGUAUUGAGAGUAUACCUAACCCUGUCAAAGCUACCCUGGGUAAGCUCAUUAACACAAUAACAAAGGAUGCUGGGUGUGCAGGGUUGAUAGGGAUUAGGGCUAAGAUGUUAUUGCCCCCAAGACACCCCUGCCCCCUUCUCUUUUCUCUCCUCUGCGUUUACCUCCUCUCUGCUCCCACUCCAGCACUGGACUUCCAAACGCACACUGAUACGCACCGUGCACCCAGCACUAUGAAGACUGUCCUGGCUCUGCUGAUGUUGGUAUGCCUGGCCUGCCACAAUGUUCUCUCCUGUUCCAUGUGUAAAGGUCACGCACUGAAGUGUCACUCAUGCGUAGCGUCCAAUGAGGAUGAUUGUACUAAACAAGGAUCCACCACCUGCCCUCAAUUCGCUGACGCCUGCUCCACCAUCACAGGACAGAACACGGUGAUGAAGUCAUGCUCCUACAAAGCAUUCUGUGAUAAGGCCCACAGUGGCAACUCUGGAGCCAAGAUGGAGUGUUGUUUCACUGAUGACUGCAAUGGGCCUCAUAAGGGCCACCAGCACGGGGAGCACAAAAACACAGCUGGAGCCCUGGGAGCCAGCCCUGCUCUGCUACUUGGGGCUCUGAUGCUCCGCAUGGCCCUCAGCAGGUUCUAAACUCCUGAUCAUAAAUACAUUCAUCCCUUUACUAUCCAUCUAUCCAUGUAUUCAUUAUUUCAUACAGCCCUACCACGAAACCAUUUAUCCAUCCAUCCCCUCGGAGUGUGUCUGCAGAAUGCUGAUGAGCCAGGGUUUGGUGAAUCAUACAGGAAUUAGUAAGAGUGUGUGUGAUGCCUGUGGUGGGGGGGUCAUAAAAGCACAUUCAAUCAAGUUUAAAGACAGAUGGAACUGAUGUAUCACUCCAUAUGACUCAGCUCUGUCAGAGAUGUGUGUCCGUAACCAGUCAUAUGUACAAACUGAGAUGUUUGAUAUGAUCAGAGAGAGGAUGGAACUCCUGUAGUGUCUGUAGACUCUGGGUGGAUGUGAGCCAGGCUGGGGUUAGAACUGUAGAUGUAUAUACUAUGUUUAUACCUGGGGCAGAUCUAAAAUGUCACCCAUGGUAGCCUGUGUGUAUGUAUGAUACUGUUGGUUAGUGCUGGGCUCCCAGUAGGCCUAGUGUUGGGCUCGUUCCCACAGUGACCACAUACGCUAGUGCACUCUUCAGCCUUCAGACUCCAAUCAUCAUGAAUUAAAUAGGUACUUGUUGGUCCAUUGUUAAUAUUGUUAUGCUUCAAUACUUAUUUAUAAAUAAACAUGCUAUUACACCCUUA